AUGGUCGACUACUCGAAGUUCAACAGUAUUGAAGAUAGUGACGAGGAGCCGAUUUGGCAAACAGAGGCGUCCCAGAAGUACCAAGGCUUGUCGCAGAAGGUGCUGGCGGAGCUCGACGAAGGUGCCGUCAGCCUUCAGCAGCGCGAGAGGCAUUGCCAUUGCUUUCUCGAUUUCUCUGUGGACACAUCCAACCUUAAAUGCUACGAGCAGGAGAUGCUCGAUUCUGGGGCAAAGAUCCCUGAGAAUCGGUACCUGGGCAGGGUCGUCAUCGAGUUGGACCAGGUCGCUCAUGCACCGAAGCUUUGCGAGAACUUCCGGCUUCUCUGCACGGGAGAGCGCGGCAACGGUGUGGGCGGGAAGCGCCUCUGCUACCAGGGGCGAUCACUGGACUACAUCUUGCCGAAGUACUGCGUGCAGGCUUCCAUACCCAACGAGUAUUCGUGUUGGGGAUCAUACCUGCCCGACGAGAGGCUCGUGCUGCCAAACACCUCAUUUGACAGGCCUGGCCUCCUGGCAGUAGGCAACCACGGCGCGAACACGAACAGUUGCACUUUCAUGAUCACGUUGAACGAGGCCGACCACUUGGACGGUUUCAACCAGAUCAUUGGACGAGUGGUUCGUGGAAUGGAGGUGCUACGCUUGAUCGAGGGCCUUCCUACAGAUCGCAAGACCUCAUCCUAUGCGGAACGCAACGUCAAAACGCACUGGGGAGGCCGACCCAUGGUUGACGUGAUCAUCGAGAGCUGUGGUGAGAUCACUGAGGAGCAGAUUGCCGUGCCCAAGCCAACAGAUGGCGACGCCUUCCCGGCACAUCCUCUGGACUUCUCUGUGAAGAGCGAGCCUUCCGAGCUGAUGUUCGCACAGGAGCGCAUCCGUGAGAUCGGCAACGAACACUUCCGGAGCUUGGGAUGCAUGUGGCACGCAAACGUGACGAUUUCAGCGCUUAAGUCUUGUCAAAGUCUCGAAUCCUGCGGAUUCUGGAGGGUUGCAUGCGCAAUGUCGCAUAUCGUGCACAGACUUGGCGAUUGGCAUGCCCGAUGA